CGUCAGUUUCAAUUAUGGUGUACUAUACAUAUUCGAAUGUAGGCUUGGCUAUUCAUGUAGGCGUGGGUUUGAUGGAUGGUAAAAAAUCGUCUUUGCCUUACUAGUACAACAAAUUGCCUACAGAUUUGGAAGAUCGUUAGUCUCCUGUCUUGCAUCUAAUACCGCGCUUUGAAGAUUAUCCCUGCUCUUGAUGCCUAAAAAAUCAAUGAAAUAAUAUAAUGAAUACAAAGAGAAAAUCGUAAUUAACUGGCAGCUUGUGAUACAUGAGGAAGAUGUAUCGGCGACGUCUUUUAUCGUGCUUGGUUAUAUGUGUUGGCAUACAGAUAUUUCUUGGUCUGUCAUAUAUUCUAUUUGAAAGGAAGUAUUAUACGCAUUCCAUUGGGAAGUUUGUGCUAGAGAACAAACUGGAGUUUCAAUACUCGGUGGACAUUCAUUCGAAAAGAAAAUCAAACAGGUCACGUGAUCAUAGACAACAACUACAUAAUCAUAAACGUCACAAAUCACAUGGAUUAUCAAGAAAUGACGUUUACAUAAAUAGUACGGAUGAUAUUCUGAACCGAUUGAUAGCUAAUGAGGACAGUCUCUUUUCAUCUUCAAUAUGGACGGAUUCGGAAAGCAAGUGUAAUAUUCCGUAUGUAGAUGAGCCGAAGGGUCUUUGUCGGAACAUCUCAUGGCAGUGUAACUACAGUCCAACGUUUACAGUCCAAGACAGAAGUAAAAGUACUUUGAAAGUAUACUGUGAUGGCUUAUUCCGAGUGAAUUUUAUCAGUCGCGAAGAAAGCGAAUUCCCACAUUCUAAUCAUGAACAUCACAAGGACGCUGUUUAUCGCACCUACGAAGGUCCAACUGAAAUCAACUUCACCUCGCAAUAUGCUGACGUAAUCUGCAGUAAAUCGGUGAAUGGCAAGUCGAAGGAAUAUCACAAUUAUCGAACUCAGUUUAAACCAAACAAAGACGUUGAGGAUAAGCAACGGCUGCUAUUUGAUAAAACGAAGGUGAAAGAACCUCAAUGGCAACCGCUGUCAAUUUUAUCGAUCAGCUUAGAUUCUGUGUCGCGAGCACAUUUUCAUCGGUCGUGUGGUCUACCAAAAACUGCCAAGUUCCUGCAACAGUUAUACUAUGCGCAAUUCGGAGGCACCAGCAAGGGAAAAGUCACGCGUGAUUAUAGUCACCAAGCGUUUCUAUUCAAUCGCAUCAACUCUAUCGGGGGAGUCACUGCUAUGAACUUAACACCACUGUAUGCCGGUAUUUUUUUCUCCAGUGGUGAUGACCAAAUAAGAGUGAAAGAAAAAAGAUUUACAAAGAAAGUUGAUGAGUGGAUCUGGAAAUAUGCAAAUGAGAGGGGUUACGUCACAAGUUACGGUCAGGACAAUGGAAACGGUCUAUUCGGCACACGUACUGUUUGCAAGGAUUGCACUGACCGACCGGGAGUGCUUCCGUACUGGGAACACGGAUGGGUGAAGUUGGAAAAUAAGGAGGUGUCCCCAGGCGUAUUAUCUGGGUUUUGUGUUGCUGAUCACAUGGUACAUGAUUAUAUCCUGAACUACACACGAGACUUCUUAAAGCGAGAUUAUCCAGCUAAAUGGAUUGCAUUUGAUCUUAACGCGCACCAUCGGCCAGAAGAGGAAUCAAUCAACCAAGUGGACGACAGUCUCGUAAAGUUUCUCAAACAUAUUUUACAUGAAAACAAGAAUUUGGUUGUAUUCCUGUUUGGUGAUCACGGAGACCAGUAUCACCGUGGGAAACUCACUUUACAUCCUGGUAGCCAACUCCAAGUUCUGCUUCCGUUUCUCAGCAUUAUACUACCUCGACAUGUAUUGGACGCAAAUCCAAGAUGGCGGAGUAAUUUGCUAAUUAACAGUCAAAGAUAUAUGGUAGGCAGUGGUGACACAAGCGGGGACAUUUGCCCUCCCCCGUUGGACAGACCUGGACCCCCAUCACGUGAGUGUUCUGAUGCGGGCGUUCCAUUAUGGUCGUGUGCUUGCAGACAACAAACGGUUGUUACUGGCAACUGGACAGAUGUUCACAAGAAUUACGCUCAAAUGGCUGCCGAUAUAAUAAACACACAUCAUUCACAGAAACCUCAGACAUCGUGCAUGGAUGUACACAUAGACACGAUCACAUCUGUUAUUGAACAGACAUUUGCGUACGGAGGAAGGGAGAAUCUAGUCCAUUACCAUAUAGAGUUCAAAUCUCAACAGGGUCCAUCGAAGUGGCAAGUCCAGGUGAAUCCCAAAGGGUCUAUUGAGUAUUUGAAGCAAAUCAGUCGUUACGAGAAGUACAGGGACUGCCAUGACGAGCGAGUGUCAAUAGAGUUCUGUAUAUGUCUCCAGUAUCCACCUGGCACCCCGUGACGAUAGUGGCAGGGCGGCAAAACACGAUACAGAGGAAC